UAAAAUCCAACACCGCAGACACACACACAUUACACACACCAACUGUGUGAAACAAAACAAAAACCAUACACCCACCGGUUUAUGCCACCACAACCACCACCUCAUGGCCGCAAAACUCCUUCUAUUAUUCGCCAUCUGCCGUCUCAUCACAAUAGUCGGGUUAACUCUAAACCCCACAGACCUCUUCCGGUUCGGAAUCCACGGUCAGUUAACCACGGACGCCCACGAUCUCAAAACCGUGUCCGUGGACUUCGGCAAACUGACCCGUUCUGAACCGCUGGCUGUUCUCCAUCCGUCCUCGGCCAGCGACGUCGCAAAACUCUUGCGACUCGCCUACGAAUCCGCACCCGGAUUCUCAGUCUCCGCCCGAGGCCACGGACACUCGAUAAACGGCCAGGCGCAAACUUCAAAUGGUGUUGUUGUCCAAAUGAGCGGGUCCGGAAGAAGUAGUACUCCUGUUGUGGUUUAUGAGAAGUUGAUGUAUGUUGAUGUUUGGGGUGGGGAGCUUUGGAUUGAUGUGUUGAGGUCUACGUUAAAGUAUGGGCUUGCGCCUAAAUCAUGGACUGAUUAUUUGUAUCUAUCGGUUGGUGGUACACUGUCGAAUGCGGGGAUUAGUGGUCAGGCGUUUAAUCAUGGGCCUCAGAUUAGUAAUGUUCAUGAGUUGGAUGUUGUCACAGGAAGAGGUGACAUAUUGACAUGCUCCAUGGAUCAAAACCCGGAACUGUUUCAUUCUGUGCUUGGCGGGUUGGGUCAGUUCGGGAUCAUAACCCGGGCCCGGAUCGCCUUGGAACCAUCUCCUCAAAUGGUUAGAUGGAUUAGGGUUUUGUACUCGAAUUUCUCGGCUUUUACGCAUGAUCAAGAGUAUCUUAUAUCGUUGCAUGAUCAACCACAGUCGCAAAAGUUCGAUUACAUUGAGGGUUUCGUUAUUGUAGACGAAGGGUUGAUCAACAACUGGCGAUCGUCUUUCUUUUCCCCUAAUAACCCGGUUAAGAUCACGUCUCUUGGAGCCGGUGGCAAUGUCUUGUAUUGCUUGGAAAUCACCAAGAAUUACCAUGACGGGGCGAACCCUGAAGCAAUCAAUCAGGAAGUGGAAGCUUUGUUGAAGAAAUUAAAUUAUAUACCAGCAUCAAUGUUUACUACUGACCUCCCUUAUGUGGACUUCUUGGACCGGGUUCACACCGCAGAACUUAAACUCCGGUCCAAGGGCAUGUGGGAGGUGCCUCACCCAUGGCUUAACCUGUUUGUACCCAAAUCAAGAAUUGAUGAUUUUGAUAAAGGAGUUUUUAAGGGCAUUUUGGGCAAUAAAACUAGUGGGCCCAUCCUCAUCUAUCCCAUGAACAAAAACAAGUGGGACGAAAGAUCGUCGGUGGUGACACCUAACGAGGAUGUGUUUUACUUGGUGGCGUUGCUUCGAUCCGCGUUGGAUAACGGUGAAGAGACGCUAACAUUGAAGCAUUUGAGUGACGAAAACCGAAAGAUUUUAAACUUUUGUAAGGAGUCAAAGAUUGAAGUGAAACAAUACUUGCCUCACUACACAACACAAAAGGAAUGGAUGGACCAUUAUGGGGAUAAAUGGUCACAAAUCUCUAGAAGAAAGUUGGAGUUUGACCCGCGUCAUAUACUAGCCACGGGUCAAAGAAUAUUUGAGCCAAGUUUUGGUUCGGACCCAAGGUCAUCGUGGUGAGCUAGGUCGAAUAAGAUAUCGAUCAUAGGUUAGUAAUAGUGACAACAUUUACUGACCUCUCGUGUACAUAACGGGGCAAUGCUACGUUUUAAUAGAGAAAAAUUAACCAGUUUUUUUUUUUCGUGCCCGGUGUUUAGAAUUGAAUGAUGGUUUUUCUUCAAGCUUUUGGAGUCGGGUUUGCGUUUUCAUCUUGCAAAACCCAUGCGGUUUAGAAAAGCGAGAGCGUUAUGUACGACUUGAUUUCCCAUCAUAGUAUUGUAACAAUUAAGAUUUACGAAUUUAGAGUUGCAUUUCAUA